AUCUGUGAACUUUCAAAUAUAAAUAGUGUAAUGUGUUUUUCUUUUCCAAAAAAUAAAAACAUUGUUCUGAAUUGAGUGAUUUCUGGUAAAUUGUGGGAAAUGAUAGUGUAGAAAAGGUUCCCUGGGACUUUAUGUUGAGUUGCAGAAAGCUUGGAGUCCUGAACAAAAUGUUUGGAAGGCUGUCUGAAGCUCUACAAAAUGCUGCAGAUGUGCUUGCUCCACCACCAACUCCUCUGCAAGAUUUUGAGUAUCACUGGCGUAUUAUAAAGAAUUUCUAUGGAAGUGACCAUGAUCUGCCUAAAGUGCAUAUUUCGAAUACGAAUGUACCCUUUCACCUUGAGGAACUUCUGCAAAUUUUAAUUCGGGAGCAGACCAGUGAUCAGGAAAAGAGUGAAUUGAAUUCCAGAGAGUGUCUGGAGUAUCUGCUUGAGGCUAAACCGUUGGAUUUGCUUGUUGAGAAAGCUCUUUCUGAUACCCCGCCCGGGAUUAGAGUGCUCACACUGUCCUGGCUUCGGAGAUUUUUGUCCUGCACUGAAGAUCCUCCUGUGACUGGCAAUAUAUUUGAGUCUAUUCAAAAACUCUUAACACUUUGCAAUGGAAAUGGGUCAGCUUAUGAGAAAGAAGAGAUUCUCUUCCUUACCACAGUGGCCGCGUUAGUUCGCAAAAAUCCGUCUUAUGUUAAUUUGUUCCUGCCAUCGCAUCAGCAUUUAGUUCCUUUAACUUCUACCCUUCUGGGGAUGGCCCCAUCGAAGCCACCAAAGGGAAAUCCUCUGUUUGACUGUAGCAAAAAAGACCCCAAAAGAAUUUCUCUUGUCCCCGACACUGCAGCAUCCACCUCGAGUGCUGACCAGAUCGAUGCCUGUGAUACCAAUUCGAGCAAUCGGGAUAGUAUUUCGAGCUCAAAGGUAGUUUUCAGCUGUGAUUGUGACGGCAGUGAAGAUCGGUUCACCCUUUUGGAUUCCAUUGUUCUGUAUUUGGACAGUCCAGAUCAUACAGUGGUAGUGCGAGCUGGUGAAGCAGCUCUGAUUCUGACUUCCCUGCCCACAAUUGACCUCUCCUGUGGGGCUGUUAAAAGCAGCCUGGACACUUUCGGGACCUACUUGAUGGAGAAAGUUUGGUACUUCUGCCAGAGAAUCCCUGAGGACAUGAAUCCCGAAGACAUUGAGGAUGUCAGUGUUUCCUGGGGUCUCACUCCACGUGAUUCAGACGCAAUGGAUUUCAUUGGACGUCCUCAACUUGUGGAAUUCCUCGCAUGGCUCGACUAUGCCGAUUGUGUAGCGAAGGAAUGUGAGAACCUUCAUCCAAAUAUGAGUGAUAAAUUUAGAACACUUGUGCUAGAAAAUGCCAUAGAACCUUCUCUCCUUGAUACCAACGCACCCUUUAUGCUUCUCUUGAUUGCCAAAGUCAUCCGCCAAAUCCAUUCUGCUGCAUUUAUGAAUGAAAUUGCAACGUGGCUUGUGGCUGAGGAAAAUAUCUCAGCGAUAGUUGGAGGAGAUUGUCUCCUUACCAUUUUGAUAGAAAAUUGCCAGUACAACACUCCACUUGUUUUCCACACUCUCCUCUUCGUUGAAGCUUUACUGGAGAAUCCCAAUGAGAGAAUUCUCCAUGGCAUGCUCUUUUGCUAUCUCAAUCGUCGAGGGUACUGCGAUCCGGCAGCUCAAGCUGUCCAGACAUGGUCUGACGAGGAAGAUGAGCGUCAGAAGAGACGUGGAAGUGCAACAAUAGCUGUGAAAUCUCGCACACUCGCUCCAGCCAAUAUCAUGAAGAUCAUCAACAAUUUCCUCCUUCUUCUGCCCCGGCAGAUGCUCAACGAGAGCGUUGGAACGUGCUAUGAGGAGUACAUGAAGGAUGCCAAUCAGCACUACAGAACGUGGAUUAAGAAGACGGAAAAUUUCAAUUGGCCUGUAGAAGCGGUCUUCCCGGACAAAGAUGACCCAACACCCGAGUGCAUUUCACCAAUUUCUGGUAAUUUCGUUCCGCCCCGGGGACCAAAGAGAGAAUCUCAGUGCAAUGAUAGUGGGAUUUCCGAGGAGAAUUUUUACGAGGGACCUCUAUUAAAACUCCUGUUCAGGCACAUCCGGAACAUGGCAACGCAACCUUAUGAGUUCAAUCUCGGUGUCAUUGCUGUGAUGUCAAAACUUGCUCUGUUACCUCAUCCAUACCUUCAUGAGAUUCUCCUGAAUCCGGAGAUUGCUGUAGCACCAGGUGCUUCCACACUUUGGACGGUGCUUCAAGAUGUGGCAAAGCAGCUUCUGCUUGAUAUCCCGCGGAUUGAGGGAUUUCAGCAGAAAAUAGCUCAGACCGAAGAGAGACUCUUGACCAAUCCACCACUUCUCAGUGAGCCGUCUGAUAAGAAUGAAACUCUCUUCGAAGCCAUUGUCAUUCUCAAGGAGUUCUGCAAGGAAUUAGCUGCAAUCGCCUUUGUAAAGUACAAUAGAUCCACCGAAUAAUGGUGACUUCAGUGCACGUAUGACGUGCUCAAUGGGGAUAUCCUCUGUGUAUUUCACACUAUUGAUAAAUAUACCACGAUUAUUGGUGAUGGCUGAAGAGAAUUAAAAUAAAAGAGUGCGUUCAGUAUCCUGUGUUAACUAAUUUUAUUAGUUUUUUUUUACUCAAUUUCGACAAUUUCCAUUUUCUUUUUUUUUUCAAAUAUUCUAACGUGUAUCAUAUACCUUUUUUUCUCAAAUGUAUCAUGCUGCAGAAUUGUAUAAUAAGGUGUAACAGUGUUAAAUUUAAAAAUUCAUUUUCUUUCAUUCAGUGUUAUAUAGAAUAAUGCAAGUAAAUAUUUACAACAUUCUCUCCUUUUAAAUCUUUCCUCUGUAGAAUACAAGUUAUUUAAGAGAAAAAAAAACAACAAAGAAAAAAUAGUCAAACUGAGAGGUGAUUCAAAAAUUUACCACUCAAAUUGUUUAUAUACAAGAAAAAUUUUUCAAAAAAAAAAAUCUAAUUACAAAAGCAACAUUAUUAGAUGUUUUCAAAACAAUGAAUAAUGUGUAGAUUUUUGGUUUCAUGUUUUUGUAUAAUAUUUUGUCCAAUGGUGUAUGGCAAUUAUAGUUGGUAAAAUAAAGCACAAAAUAAAUUUGC